GCUGGCUUGAUCAAUCCGAAAGGGGACAGACUGGGCUGCUAUGCCGCUGGGAUGAUGGCUGCGUUUGGGAUGUUGAGUUACGAACACCGGCCCCUCAAACGGCCCAGACUUGGUCCUCCUGACGUUUACCCUCAAGACCCAAAGCAAAAAGAGGAUGAACUGACUGCAUUGAACGUCAAGCAGGGAUUUAAUAACCAGCCAGCUGUAUCAGGAGAUGAGCAUGGUACUGCUAAAAAUGUCAACUUUAACCCUUCUAAGAUUAGCUCAAACUUCAGCAGCAUCAUUGCAGAGAAGCUUCGUUGCAACACGUUCCCAGACACGGGGAAGAGGAAACCGCAGGUCAACCAGAAGGACAACUUCUGGCUGGUCACAGCGCGAUCACAGAGCUCCAUCAACAACUGGUUUACAGAUCUGGCCGGGACCAAACCUCUCACUCAGCUCGCCAAGAAGGUCCCCAUCUUCAGUAAGAAAGAGGAGGUGUUUGGCUACCUGGCCAAGUAUUCCGUCCCUGUGAUGCGUUCUGCCUGGAUGAUCAAAAUGACCUGCGCGUAUCACGCCGCCAUCACCGAAACUAAAGUCAAGAAGAGGCAUGUCAUUGACCCCUGUAUAGAAUGGACUCAGAUAAUUACGAAGUAUCUCUGGGAGCAGCUCCAGAAGGUGGCGGAGUUCUACAGACAGUCCCCCAGCCAGGGCUGCGGCUCCCCUCUGCCCGCCCCCCCGUCUGAGGUGGAGACGGCCAUGAAGCAGUGGGAAUACAACGAGAAACUGGCCAUGUUCAUGUUUCAGGAUGGCAUGUUGGACAGGCAUGAGUUCUUGACGUGGGUGCUGGAAUGCUUUGAGAAGAUUCGUCCAGGAGAAGACGAGCUUCUCAAGUUGCUCCUGCCACUCCUUUUACAGUACUCAGGCGAGUUUGUGCAGUCAGCCUAUUUGUCAAGGAGGCUGGCGUACUUCUGCACACGCCGGCUCAAUAUGCUGAUAAGUGAUGGGAGUCUGGGGCCCAGUGCAGGAGGGCACCCGCCCCACAGCAUCACGGGCCAGCCGAGCAGUGCCCUACCCCCCACCCCCACCGCCCAGCCCACUGGGGGCACCCAGCCCCAGACACCCUUUACUGAUUUCUACAUCUGCCCCCAGCACCGGCCAGUGGUGUUCGGCCUCAGCUGCAUGCUCCAGAGCAUUGUGCUCUGCUGCCCGAGUGCACUGGUCUGGCACUACUCGCUAACAGACAGCCGGAAUAAGACGGGCUCCCCACUCGACCUGCUGCCCAUCGCUCCCUCCAACCUGCCCAUGCCAGGGGGCAACAGCACCUUCAACCAACAGGUCCGUGCCAAGGUGAGGGAAAUCGAGGAGCAGAUUAAGGAGAGGGGGCAGGCCGUGGAGUUCCGCUGGUCUUUCGACAAGUGUCAGGAAACGACAGCGGGGUUCACCAUCGGCCGAGUCCUGCACACGCUGGAGGUUCUGGACAAUCACAGCUUUGAAAAGUCUGACUUCAGCAACUCGCUGGACUCCUUGUAUAAUCGAAUCUUCGGGUCAGGCCAAAGUAAAGAUGGGCACGAGAUGACUCCAGACGACGAUGCUGUGGUCACCCUGCUGUGCGAGUGGGCCGUGUGCUGUAAGCGCUCGGGCAGACACAGGGCCAUGGUGGUGGCCAAACUGCUGGAGAAGAGACAGACAGAGAUCGAGGCAGAGAGGUGCGGGGAGUCAGAGGUGGUGGAUGAGAAGGGCUCCGUGUCCUCUGGCUCUCUCUCGGCUGCCACUUUGCCCGUCUUCCAGGACGUCCUGCUGCAGUUCCUGGACACGCAGGCCCCUGUCCUCACUGAGCCUGGUAAUGAGAGUGAGCGUGUGGAGUUCUCCAACCUGGUGCUGCUCUUCUGCGAACUCAUCCGCCACGAUGUCUUCUCCCACAACAUCUACAUGUGCACGCUCAUCUCUCGCGGCGACUUGGCCUCUGAGUCCCACUUGCCCCGCCCCCGGUCUCCAAGCGACGAGCCCUCCGACGAAUCGGAGCGCAAAGAGCAGGAUGCGGGCAACGGCGUCAAAAUGGAGGACACCGGUCUGUCCGAGCCUAUGGAAAUAGACCACAACUCCAGCGCAAACUUCGAUGAGAUGUUCUCCCCUCCUAUGCACUGUGAAGCCAAGGGAAGCCCCUCGCCGGAGAAAGCCGUCCCGGAGCUGGACGGGAAGAGUGGCAUUAAGGAGAAGGGAAUGGACCCAGCCUUCCCGCAGGUGUACGAGCAGCCGAGACACAUCCAGUAUGCCACACACUUCCCCAUCCCGCAGGAAGAGAGUGCCAGUCAUGAGUGUAACCAGCGCCUGGUGGUCCUCUAUGGAGUGGGCAAGCAGAGAGAUGAGGCCCGCCAUGCCAUCAAGAAGAUCACCAAAGACAUCCUGAAAGUUCUGAACCGCAAGAGCACAGCUGAGACCGGAGGUGAAGAAGGGCAGAAGAGGAAGAGGAGUAAACCAGAGGCCUUUCCCACUGCCGAAGACAUUUUCUCCAAAUUCCAGCACCUCUCCCACUUUGACCAGCACCAGGUCACCUCUCAGGUGUCGAGGAACGUUCUGGAACAGAUCACCAGCUUUGCCUUAGGGAUGUCCUAUCACCUGCCCUUAGUCCAGCACAUACAGUUCAUCUUUGACCUCAUGGAGUACUCGCUCAACAUAAGUGGUCUCAUAGACUUCGCCAUUCAGCUCCUGAAUGAGCUCAGUCUGGUGGAGGCCGAGCUCUUGCUGAAGUCGUCCAGUCUGGCGGGCAGUUACACAACCAGCCUGUGCCUGUGCAUCGUAGCUGUGCUGCGACGCUAUCACUCCUGCCUCAUUCUCAACCCUGACCAAACCGCGCAGGUCUUCGACGGGCUUCGGAUCGUGGUGAAGUCGGGCGUGAACCCUGCAGACUGUUCAUCUGCUGAACGCUGUAUCCUAGCUUACCUGUACGACCUCUAUACCUCCUGCAGUCAUCUGAAGAGCAAGUUCGGAGAGAUCUUUAGUGAGUUCUGCUCCAAGGUGAAGAACUCCAUCUACUGGAACAUCGAUCCAUCAGACUCCAACAUGCUGUGGGACCAGUUGUUCAUGAUUGAUGCCAUAGCCAACCCUUCAGCGCACAACCUCCACCACUCCAUGGUGGGCAAGAUUCUCAACGACAGUCCGGCCAAUCGGUACAGCUUUGUGUGUAACGUCCUGAUGGACGUGUGCGUGGACCACCGCGACCCAGAGAGGGUUAACGACAUCGGCAUCCUGUGUGCGGAGCUGACGGCGUACUGCCGCUCCCUGAGCGCCGAGUGGCUGGGCGUGCUCAAGGCUCUCUGCUGCUCCUCCAACAACGGCAACUGCGGCUUCAACGACCUGCUGUGCAACGUGGAUGUGAGCGACUUGUCAUUCCACGACUCCUUAGCUACGUUCGUAGCUAUCCUCAUAGCUCGUCAGUGCCUCCUGCUGGAGGAUUUGGUGCGGUGCGUGGCCAUCCCAUCCCUCCUCAACGCCGCUUGUAGUGAGCAGGACUCUGAGCCUGGAGCCAGACUGACCUGUAGAAUUCUACUACAUCUCUUCAGAACCCCUCAGAGAAACCCCUGUCCACAGGACGGCAAAACAGAUAAAUCUACAGUGGGCAUCAGGUCAUCGUGUGAUCGCCAUCUGCUGGCUGCAUCGCAGAAUAGCAUCGUGGUGGGUGCAGUCUUUGCGGUAUUAAAGGCUGUUUUCAUGCUGGGGGACGCUGAGCUGAAAGGUUCGGGCUUUUCCCAUCCUGCUGGGCUGGAUGAUAUCGGAGAAGACGACAUGGGGUCCAAGAAAUCCGGAGGCCGUAACGUCUCCAUAGAAACAGCCAGCCUAGACGUUUACGCCAAGUAUGUGCUGAAAAGUAUCUGUCAGCAGGAGUGGGUUGGUGAGCGCUGUCUGAAGUCUCUGUCGGAGGAGAGCAGUGCCCUGCAGGACCCAGUGCUGGUGAACAUCCAGGCUCAGCGGCUCCUACAGCUCAUCUGCUACCCACACAGGCAGCUGGACAGCGAGGAGGGGGACAACCCACAGAGACAGCGCAUCAAACGCAUCCUCCAGAACAUGGACCAGUGGACCAUGAGACAGUCUUCUCUCGAGCUUCAGCUUAUGAUUAAGCAAAGUUCAAAUAACGAGCUGUAUUCCCUGCUGGAGAACAUUGCCAAAGCAACCAUCGAGGUUUUUCAGAAGUCUGCUGAAAUGAACUCCAGUAACCCUUCUUGGAACGGAGCCGCUGCCUCCAGCAGCUCCGUCUCCCUUAGCAACAAUGCCAGCAAGCUCAAACCAGUGCUCAGUUCGUCGGAGCGCUCGGGCGUGUGGCUGGUGGCCCCGCUGAUCGCCAAGCUGCCCACCUCUGUGCAGGGGCACGUCCUGAAGGCAGCAGGCGAGGAGCUGGAGAAGGGCCAGCACCUGGGCUCCUCCUCCCGCAAGGAAAGAGACAGACAGAAACAGAAGAGUAUGUCGCUCCUGAGCCAACAGCCCUUCCUGUCUCUGGUUCUGACGUGUCUGAAGGGCCAGGAUGAGCAGAGAGAGGGCCUCCUCACCUCCCUCUACAGCCAAGUCCAGCAGAUUGUCACUAAUUGGCGCGAGGACCAGUACCAGGACGACUGCAAGGCCAGACAGAUGAUGCACGAAGCUCUGAAGCUCCGACUCAACUUGGUGGGCGGGAUGUUUGACACGGUGCAGCGGAGCACGCAGCAGACCACAGAGUGGGCAGUACUCCUUCUCGAGAUCAUCAGCAGCGGCACCGUUGACAUGCAGUCCAACAAUGAGCUGUUCACCACCGUCCUGGACAUGCUGAGCGUGCUGAUCAAUGGGACACUGGCGGCCGACAUGUCCAGCAUCUCGCAGGGCAGCAUGGAGGAAAACAAAAGAGCUUACAUGAACCUGGUGAAGAAACUCCGGAAAGAGCUAGGUGAUCGUCAGUCAGAGAGUCUGGAGAAAGUUCGACAGCUGCUGCCGCUACCCAAGCAGACCCGGGAUGUCAUUACCUGUGAACCCCAGGGUUCGCUGAUAGACACCAAGGGCAACAAAAUAGCUGGUUUUGAGAAAGAGGGUCUGCAGGUGUCGACGAAGCAGAAGAUCUCUCCGUGGGACGUGUUUGAGGGUCUGAAGCACUCGGCACCGCUCUCCUGGGGCUGGUUCGGGACAGUGCGUGUCGACCGCAAAGUCACCCGCUUCGAGGAGCAGCAGAGACUCCUCCUCUACCACACCCACCUGAAGCCCAAACCGCGCAGUUAUUACCUGGAACCCCUCCCCCUGCCCCCGGAGGAGGAGGAGCCUCCCACGCCCGUGCCACAAGAACCGGAGAAGAAGAUGGUGGAGCCGGUAAAGACCGAGAAGACCGUGCCCAGCGUGACUGCCGAUCCCACCAAGAAAAAGUCCAAAAAGAAGAAAACUCCUUCCACGAGUAAACCGGAGGACUAUACGGCACGUAACCCAGGUGUGAUGCCCUAUGGAGCAGGCAUGAACUCUGACCUCAUGAACAUGGGCCAACCAAACCACCCUUACAGGCCGUUAAACUACACUCAGUCGUCGAUGCUGUACACCCAGAACCAGCCUCUCCCUCCAGGAGGUCCGGGCCUGGAGCCACCGUACAGACCGCGCGCCAUGCCCAUUAACAAGAUCAUACCCACGCGGCCCAACUACCCUGCCAUGAUGCCAGGCAUGCAGGGUGGCAUGGGCAUGAUCCCCAUGGACAACAAGCAGUACCCUAUGGGUUUCAAACCGCAGCCUGCCAUGCCACAGAGCCAGAUACUCCGACAGCAGCUGCAGGUCAGACUGAACCAGAGCAUAAUUGGACAGAUGAGGCAGAUGACACCCAAUCAGCCAUACACGUCAAUGCAGCCCGCGCAGAACAUUUCACAGGGUUAUACCACCUACGGCUCCCACAUGGGGAUGCAGCCACACCCCUCUCAAACAGGUGGAAUAGUUACUUCCUCGUACGGUAACCAAGGAUUUCAGGGCGCCCACCCUGGUACAAACCCUGGGGUGGUGGACCCUCUAAGGCAGAUUCAACAGAGGCCCAGUGGAUAUGUCCACCAACAAGCACCCGCUGCCUACGCCCACAGCAUGCAAAACACGCAGAGGUUUUCCCACCAGCCCAUGCAGCAGCCCCCCAUGAUGCACAGCAUGGCACAGGGUCACAUGGGGGCGCAGGGCGUGCACCCUGGCAUGAGACCCAACCAGCAAAUGCUGGACCAGCAACAGCCUCCACAGGCCCAGCAGCAGUUCCUCAGGCAGCAGACCCUCCGGCAACAGCAGCAGGUCCAGCAGCAGCAGGUCCAGCAACAGCAGCAGGUCCAGCAGCAACAGGUCCAGCAGCAGCAACAACAGGUGUCUUCUCAGCAGGUCCAGCAGGUGCAGCAGGUGGGGGCGGCACAGCCCCCAGCCCAAGCCCAGAGCCAGACCCUGGGCAUGCAACCGCUGCCCCCACAGCAGCCCAUGUUCCCUCGGCAGGGCCAGGGCAUGCAGCAGACCCAACAGCAGCAGCAGACCGCCGCUCUGGUCAGACAGCUCCAGCAACAGCUGUCCAACACACAACCUGGACAGAACACCAACUCGUACUAUUAGAAGUGGGACUGGGUGCUGUGUGGAGAGGAGGCGUGGCUCUAGCGCUUCCAAAAUGGACUGGUGACUUCAAGUCUUCAUGCUGUACAGAUGUGCGAGCUGAGCACUUGGCAGAGAUUCUGAGCCCAGAGAAUUCCCAGACGAUCAGUCAUCCGACCACAGUGCUGUUUCUUGUACUAGAACUAAACCUGCUCAUCCUGUGAGGGACUGUGCUGUAAACUAGUGAUCAUGGAGAACAAAUGAAGACUUUAUGUAAA